CUCUUUGUUGCCUUAGCUUGGUAUUAACUGGUUUACGACUGCGGACAGACAGACUCAAAUAGGCCGGGCUUUAACUAAUAGGGCAUACAGUUCUUUAAAUAGUUUUAAAUCCGUAUUUACUUGUUGAGUUUAAAUAUAUAAUUAAAUUGCAUCUGUAUUUUUGCUAAAUAAUCGAAUAUAUCUGAAGAUUUAAAAAAGUAACUAAACCGGAUAGCUUGUUCAUGCUAGCUAAAUUAAAUCGCUGGGCUCCAGUCUUUUCAUUUGCCGACAUUGCUAGCUCUGCACGUUUCCUUGUUGUUGUUGUUGUUGUUAGCGACCGAGUUUGGCUAACUGCUACAUUUCAGCAUUACUUGCUAGCUACAGUUUUUAGCUAGAAGAAAGCAAUCAGGCAUGGCGGAAUUCCUCGAAGAUCCGUCUGUUCUCACUAAGGAUAAGCUCAAAAGUGAGCUCACGGCCAACCAUGUCCCACUUCCCAGCUCCGAACAGAAGAAAGACGUCUACGUUCAGUUGUACCUGAAAAAUUUGACCGUUCAGAACAAGAAAUGUCCACCAUCUGUAGACACGUUCUCCAGUGAUGAAGAAUUGCCUGCCCCUGUAGUCUCCAACAAGAGCCGAUCUGGAAGAAAAGCUACCCGAAAGACAGACAAGCCUCGCUCAGAAGAAGUGGAAGUCACAGACCUCACCGAUGCAAGUUUAAAAGAUGAGCUGUUGAAGCAUGGAGUCAACACUGGGCCCAUAGUUGGCUCCACCAGGAAGCUUUAUGAGAAAAAGCUUCAGAAGCUACUGGAUACACCUGCAGCUGAGACUACGCCCAGCCCACCUGAAACUGCCACAGUUAACGCUGCAGCCAAGGCAGAUGGCAACCAGAACGGCAACACAUACUCUGGCCAGUACAGUGACAAGGAGGAAGAUGAGAUAGGUACCGCUACGGAACCAGAGCCUGUUCCUGUUGUGGAGAAGCCUGUGAGGAGCAGAGAGAAGACUCCUGUCACUGUUAGGAACAGCAGCAGACGGAGCAGCAAGCUACAGGUGGUGGAGGUGAGCCUAGCAACGGGCGACCAGACCCCUAAGAAGACGAGGGAGAAUGUUGAAGAGAUUCUCGCUAAUGAGAUCUUUUCACCCACAGGCAUCAGCGCCAGCUGCAGGCGACCGAUUCGCGGCGCGGCGGGCCGACCGGUGAAACCCAGCAACUACUGGCUGAACGAGUCUCUCCUGGAGCACUCCAUCUAUACAGAGUCUUAUUCUGGAUGCAGCUCCUUGGGCUCCAACGUGCCGGCCAGGCCCGGCUUCCUCUCUGUACUAUUAAAGCUCAUGGUACUCGUCACUGUAGCUGGGUCCAUCUACUUCGCCAUUCAGCACCUCGAUGCAGAUCAGGUUCAGUCCUUCAAGGGAAUGCUGACCGACGCCAAGGGUCUCCUAAACAGCGCUAAGGGUCACCUGUGUAGCGCGGUUGAUAAGGUGGUGGAUGCCGUGUUCGAUAAUGUGAUUGUGCCGCUGGGUAUCGGGGGAGGCAGCAGCCAAGGUGCAGAAGCAGAGAGUGGCGGCCGGUAAGCAGUGCACCCUCUCCACCCUGCUUUCUUUUUUUGUUGUAUUAUUUUACCGUUAUUUUACCAGGUUGUCCAAUUGAGGUCAGAUCCCCGGUUAUUCAACAGACCACCUGGCCACUGCUCUGCCAUCCACACCUCACUAGCUCACCACACCCCCCUCCAUCGUCAUCCUCUGGUCACUACCUUGGAGGACGGACUGACUUUUAAUCUGGGCUGGUAGACUAUCAUCCUGUCCCCUCCUUGUUCACUUUUCCUCACCCCACGUGAGGAGGGCAGGAGGGGUAUUCAACCCAACCAACACCAGCUUCCUGGAAAACCAACACUGUCUUGCCAAGACAGUCUAAAGAGACUUGUUUUUAUUAUGACGUUGUUUUUAAUCGUAGUGUGAAGUCUUAUGUUGUGUAUCCUUUGUGUGUGUAUUUUUAGAAAGGACAGACAAAUCGUACGCAUGGUUGUAGUUUUUUGAAGGACAUGUUUGUCGUUUUUGGAGUGUCUGUGGUGCCAGGUGUUUUUCUGAUGGUGAAGUGCAUGCACAGUGAUAGCACUUAGUGCCAGUGUAGGUGUCAAUUCCAUUUCAAUUCCAGUCAAUUCAGAAAGUAAACAAUUCCAAAUGUUCCUCAUUAAAAAGCAUGGAAGAGAAUUGGAAUUCCAGUGUACUUCCUGAAUCGACUGGAAUUGACAUGGAAUUUACCUCAACCCUGCUUAGUGCCCUCCCACUAAUUCAAGCACAGAGAAAUGAUAUUAAUUACAGAAACAUUUACAAGUAUUUCUGUAUUGGUUUUUGAAUAUACACUAGUAGUAACAAUAAAGCUAGGUAGAAUAAUGGUGCUCAGGUCUAUUCUAAUUUGCUCUAAAUUAAUCUGAUCAGUGCUGGGAGGAGUGACAGUGUCCAAUAGUGUAACUUCAGGUCUCGUCACUGUAUGAGGAAAAACCCUUAUUUUCAAGCUAUAAAGGUUAUAAAACUGAUUUUCUUUGGUUAAAUUGCUCGUUUUUUGGUAUAUGCUGCAGUAACUAAGUAAGUGGUCUGACCUGUGAAUGGCUCAUGAUGGCACCUGACUUGAGGAGCAGUGACCCAAAUCCCAGUAUUAGCUUUGUGAGUUUGUGUGAGUUUACGUACAUGUUUCAUUUAGUAGUGAUUUGUUGUGCUAAAGAUUCCAGAUCUUCCAGUCCCAUCUACCGGGUCAUGUUCAGUAGGGCACUGUAGCAAAAUGGGUAUAAUCCUCUCUGUUUUAAUGUGUGUUUUCCCUGUUUGUUGCCUAAGGAACAUGACCCAAGACUGGCUGUCUUUUUUAGUGCACCCACACUGCCCUUCUAAGCGGUUCUGCACACUACUGAUCUGGGAAAAAUAACGUUUUUGCAAUAGGUAGUUGAGCAAAUAUACGAGUUAACAAUGUAUUCCAUUUUGUUACUUGGAUUAUAAAUUGAUAUUUACUCUGCCUCAUGUACACUUCAUUGUCAUAGAAGAGGUAACACUAACAAUUGCCUGAGGAGAGACAAAUGGUAAGCAACUUAACAAAUUGAUAGCAACUUAACUUAUGUUGACCAUUCAUAGAAUUUUGAUGUCAAGAUGUUGACAUUUUUUGUCCAGUGUUGAAAAUAAGUAUUUUAUUUUUUUUUCUGUAUUUUUCUAAUGUGAAUUGUUAAUGUUGUUCUUUUGUCUAGGUGAAAGUGAAAUUUUAAAAAACAAACAAAAAAUGCUAUCCUAAAACUGAACCUCUUUGUUGACUUGUGGUUACACAGUGAAUACAGUAUAUUAAAGCUGAAAUGUUUGUUACUUUGAUCAGGCAGCUAGCUUCCCAACGAUGGAUUGUGGGGGUAAGGAUUUUGAAUCUGUUUUUAUUUAAAAUACUAUCAUGAAAUAAAUGUGGUAAUUGAAUUGUC